GGUCAAUGUUUCCAGACGGACGCUUUUAGGACUUAAGUCACGUUGCAUGUGUUAUGAUUUUGGAAGCUUGACAAAGCUUUCCGCUUACCUGUUGGUGUCUACAUGACAAACAUUUAACCUCCGCUAACAUGUCCAGCGAUAACAGCUCGAACAAAGCGGAGGUGGUUCUGGGUUUCCUGGAGGAAGCGGAGCCGUGGCGGCUGCUGUCCCCACAGUUCCCCAGUAAAGUCGGGGGGAAACCGGCGUGGCUCAGCCAGAGUUGCCUACCCUCCCUACCUGGUCUGGAGUGUGAGAUAUGCAGACUUCCCAUGGCUUUUCUAUUACAGGUGUAUGCACCGAUUUCAGGCAAUGACAGAUGUUUUCACAGGACUCUCUUUGUGUUCUGCUGCAAAACUCAGGAUUGCUACACAUGCAACGACAGCCGCUGUAUAAAAGUUUUCAGAAGUCAGCUACCCAGGAGCAAUGAGUUUUACCCUUACGACCCUCCAUCAGAGGAUGAACCACCUAGUGAUCAUGUACAGAACCAGAGUGUAUUGUCCCCAUCUGGAGUUAAACUGUGUUGGGUUUGUGGUUGCCCUGGCAGCAAGGCCUGCUCCCGCUGUCACAAUGUGACAUACUGUGGGAAACACCACCAGACCCUCCAUUGGAAACACAGUCACAAGAAGGAGUGCUGCAGCCAAGAAGCAGCCUUCGUUACAACCUCUCCGUUUGUGUUCCCUGAGUCUGAGCUGGUCACUGAGCCUGAAGAAGAGGAGGAGAAAGAAACAAAGGAGGCUGCAGAAGAAGAGGAAAGGACAACAGACAGUCAGUCUUUGGCAGAAGCUUUGGCAGAGACAGACCUGGAGGAGAUGGCCAUGCAUGAGACUGAGGACAACAAAGUUUUCCAGCGGUUUAAAAAGAAGAUCGCACCAGAGCCACACCAGGUGGUUCGUUACAGUCGAGGUGGCUCCCCAUUGUGGGUGUCUUCUCAGCACAUCCCUUCGGAUCAGGAUAUCCCAUCAUGCACCUGUGGUGCUAAGAGGACUUUUGAGUUCCAGGUGAUGCCCCAGCUGUUGAACAGUCUGUGUGUGGACUCUACAGGAGCCAGUAUUGACUGGGGGACACUAGCUGUCUACACAUGCUCCGCCAGCUGUAACCAUGACAACCAGUACUACCCAGAGUUCAUUUGGAAACAGGACUUCAUUCCAGAUCAGCACAAACAGACUAAACCACCAUAGAAGUUGAUGAAUGUUUUAUAAUUUGUCCCUUAAAAAGUAUCUGGUUUCAGUUCAGAGUCAAAGUGAAGUUCUUGAUGUUGCCUUCCCGGUGCUGCUGUUUUUAAACAUCUCUUCUGUUAAAAUUAAAGCAUCAGGGAUAUUUUUGAACUAUGUGGGUCAUUGCCUAAUUUCAUUUCAUGCCUCACACAUACAAUUGCCAUAUAAAACUGUUCUGAAAAGUUA